UGACGGACGAAGUAGGCGGAUUUCUCGUUUCGAGCAUGUCGUGAAAGAUGCAUAAAACUGCAACAAUUAUGAGUGACAGGAAAUUAAAGUCAAAGCAAAUAGAAUUGAUACAUAUAAUCAUAGAAUUUUAUGGAUAAUUAUACAAAUAUGUGUCCUGCACUCUUGGAGAACGAGGAACGAUGCUUGGGUGGUAUGACUUUCUUUGCACAAAGUCAUCCAGUGGAAGUAUGUGGCAGCAAUGGGCUGCCACUCACACCAAAUUCCAUAACUAUUUACGGGAAAUCACAGUUUUUAAAGACCAUUUACCAUCCUCAUCUUUCUCCGUAUCUUGAUAUAAUUAGAAGCAAGCAUGAGAGAAUAGUGGUUGUUGCGGAAUACAGUGGAGAUCCAUUAAGCAACAAACAUGAUCUAAGUACAGAGGAGAUUAUAAAGGUAUCCUUUCAAUGUCUCUUGGCACUGCAACAUAUGAACAAACUAGAUCUGGUACACAGACAUCUGAGUCCGGAUAAUAUUCUGAUUAAGAAAAACGGCGAUGUCCAAUUAUACAAUUAUGGAUUAUACUAUAUGACAGAUGCAGGGAAGAAUGUGUCUUUUCCAAUUGGUUCUCCAAAGUAUACAGCACCAGAAGUAUUUCUAAAUCCUAGUCCAAGUGGUGUUAAGGUAGACUCAUGGUCUCUGGGAAUGAUUAUAGCUGAGCAAUUAUUAGGACAAUCCAUUUGGCCUGGUGUAAAGCUGUUCCAAUGCUUGAGGAAAGUUUUGAGCUUGAUAUUAUGUGAUACCAGCAUAUUUGAACGUCUUGCCAGAGAAAAUAAUUGUUACCACAUUUAUGAAAAGUUACCAAAGGAGUUGAAAGAAUUUGUAGAUUUGUGUCUACAAAUUCAUCCUACUAAGCGUAAGACUCCAGAAGAAUUAUUGAAAUUAUCGAUAUUUGCGGAGCAUUUGACGAAAAAUGCACAGGAGAGGGAAGAAAAUCUCUAUAAAAAUGUUAUUGUUAGAAAAAUGGAUGAAUUAUAUUAUUUAUGGCAAUUGGCUGGUGGGGACAUUACUGUGGAUUUAAAAAAGCAAGGUCUUGUUAGAUCAAGACCACCUAUUUUGACUAUUCCAAACUUAGUUAUAUUACUUGGCCAAAUGUUUGGUCAGCGGGACACCGCCAGCCUACUCGAUGUAAGGAUCGUGAAAGUUCCUUUGGAGACUCUUCGGCAACGUUUAGCUCACAUUCCAUACAUAGCAAACUAUCCUUGGUUGACAAACCAAAUGCGAGUUCAGGCGCAGGAAAAUUUAACGAACGCCGACGAAUCCCAAUUGCCGUUAAUUAUAAGAGAACGCGAUACGGAGUAUCAGUUUUACAGGCUCGUCCUGUUCGAUAGACUUUUGCAAGUAUAUCCUCUUACUCAUGAAGCGAUCAUCGAGGAGGCACACAAAGAUAUACCACCUCCGGUUAGAGGCGCCGUGUGGGCAGCUUUGCUCGGCAUCACCGGCGACAUACAGAAGCGUUACGAUAUGAUCGACAAGGAAACACCCACUCACACUGAUCGACAGAUAGAGGUAGAUAUUCCGAGAUGUCAUCAAUACAGCGAGCUACUGUCGUCCGGCGCCGGACACGAACGAUUACAAAGAUUACUGAAGGCGUGGGUCAGGAAUAAUUCCCAUUACGUUUAUUGGCAAGGACUGGAUUCACUGACGGCGCCUUUUCUUUACCUGAAUUUUAACAACGAAGCUCGAGCGUUUGCGUGUUUGUCUGCCUUUAUACCGAAGUAUCUUCACAAGUUCUUUUUGAAAGACAACUCGGCAGUGAUACAGGAAUAUCUAGGCAAAUUCUCUCAAAUCAUUGCAUUCCACGAUCCUCAAUUAGCGAAUCAUCUGAAGUCUAUAAACUUUGUGCCGGAACUUUUUGCCAUACCGUGGUUCCUAACGAUGUUUUCACAUGUAUUUCCGCUGCACAAGAUAUUGCACCUGUGGGACAAAUUAUUGCUAGGAGACUCGUCGUUUCCUCUUUUGGUUGGACUAGCAAUAUUGAAACAAUUGCGAGACUCCUUAUUAAUGUCGGGUUUCAACGAGUGCAUUCUACUCUUUUCCGAUCUGCCCGAGAUUGACAUAGAACUCUGCGUUAAGGACUCCAUGAUGAUGUACCAAAAUACACCCGCUAGUAUUACAUACAGAAAACAUCAGUACAAUACAACAAAGGAUGCAAACUGGAUUGAACCUGAAGCGGGAACUGAAAAUAUGCCAAGGAUAAGUGUAGACGAUUUUAUAAAUUUCUACAGCAACUCUUCGAAUAAAAUGAUAGUGGUCGAUGUACGUAGUAAUAUACAAUUUGAAAGAGGAUCUAUUCUAGGGAGUAUUAAUAUUCCAUUUACAAGUGUGCAAUUGUCUCAAACUCACAUCGACACACUCGGGCCUCACGCAAAGCCCUUGAUGGAUAAUAAAAACAGCAUUGUUGUAAUUAUUGGGCCACACGAUCAAAAUAAUGCGUUGUUUGCAGAUUUUUUAGUAAAGUGCAAUGUCGUGGGAGUCUGCUCUCUGCAAGGUGGAAUAAACGCAUUACGACUAAAGUCUCCGAACAUUAUAAUAUCUGCGCGCUAAUGGUGUAAAUAAUACUCAGAUUUAUUAAUUCGUAAAUUGAUAUUAUGACUUGUAAAACUUGUAUAACAAACUAAACAAUUUUGUUAUAAAAAGAUUCACUACA